AAAAACUUUAUAAUUUUAAAAGUUAACAUCGACAAAUAUUUAAAUAAUUAACAUAUGGAGGUAUAGUAUUACAACAUUAAAUUAUAUCUAUUUAAUUUAUACUAUCUAUAAAUCCAAUGGAUCAUCUAUUGUUUAAAUCCAAUUAUUAAUAGCUCAAUAAAAAAUUUUGGUAAACCCAAAAUUUAAAUGAUAAGAUUAAAGAUUAGACGUAACAUGAUUUUCUAGAAAUAUGUCCACUUUUUAAAAAAUCACACAUGAAUCAAGGUUGUGACUUCUGUUUUAAUACAUAAGAUUAAGGUUAUACUGGUUAUCAAUUUAAGGAAAAUCAUAAAUGAAAGAAAUUAAAAAAAUGGAAUGUAGAUGAAUGGAAUAAGGAAAAUUAUGGAAUUAAAAAAAUUGAAUUACAUUCCACUUAUUCAGGAGCUUUUUUAAUCAUGAAUGUUUAAUAACUACAUUCUAUUUUUUUUUUCCAGACAUUCCACAAAGAAUCACUGAAAUGAAUUUUUUUUUAUUUCAUUCAAAUGGUAAAAGAAUUUAAAAUCUGCAGGAAUAAACUAUUCCAAACAAUUUUAUUCUAAAAAUUUGUAAUCCAGUUACACCCUCAAACAUGAUAAAAUAAUACAGUGAUUUUUAAUGAUUUCCUUGAUAAAUUAUUUUAAAAAUAUAAUAAUACAAAUGAUUUUAAAAUUACGUUUCCAUCCAAAACUCCCAAAAACAAAUGUAAGUAGAAAACUUGAGUUUCAUGUGUCACAAAACUGAAAUAGAGCUACCUGCUAAGAGGGCCAAAGUUAGCAAGCUUCAUUGUGACAUCUUUAUGGAUUAGAAGGCUUUGUAAGAAUCUAUUUUUGCAUGAUUUUGUGUGCAAGUACUCAGUAGUCAGUACCUGCCUGAGUGUCUAUGACUUCUUUCAGUAAAGGUAGGACGUUAAAACAAUGUGUUCCUUUGUGGAAAGUUUGGUGAAUGCUCACUCUAGACAUAUAUUAUGUGAAUACAUUACAUGAUCAAAAUCAAAUCACAUAUUUCAUAGCUGAAGAAAAACAGUAUGAUACAAAUAUCAUAAUAUGAUUAUGAGCUACGGACAUCUCAAAUGUGUCUUGGUCAAUUAUCAGGUAAGCUCUUUUGAGCCUCAUGACAUAUUUCUUAGCUUGGUACAAUCUAAUCCCAUUUACUUCAAAACCUCACAACAACGUUGCUUUCUGAAUGUGGAUAUAUGAAGUAAUUGUAUGACAUUCUUAUGCUUCAUUUCCUUUUUUUGUAUCUAGGGGCGGACCUAAGAGCAUCUCCAACCAAUUCAUAUAUUUGUUUCUAAAUGCUAUAAUAGAGUAAAAUCAGCUUCAACCCACCUCUAUUUAUUCCCCUAAAAUAGAGAUUGCUAUUUUUUCCUCUAUAUUUAGGGGAAAAAAUAGCAUUCCUCUAUAAUAGAAGCAAACUUUUUUAUUUACAAAGUAGUAUUCUAAUUUUUUAUGAUUGUAACUAAAAUACUUGUGUAAGAAGAAAUACAAUUCUUACAAUAUGAAAUCACACAUUUUUGUUUACGUACUAAUUAUUAAUAUUAAUAACCAUAGUUAUAAUUAAAAUAAAAAAUAUUUAUUUAUUUAAAAGUCAAUUAUAAUUAAAAUAAAAUAAAAAAGUUAUUAUUUUAUUUAAAAGUCAAAGACUUUUUAUUUAAAUAUUAAUCAAUACAACAUAUUAAAACUUAAUACUCCAAAGAAAAAAUAUUUUGCAGCACAACAAGAAGCAUGUAGAAAAGAUGUAGAACGUGCAUUCGGAGUUUUACAAUCACGUUUUGCGAUUGUGAAAGGCAGGUACGUUUUUGGAAAAAAAAAGUACUACAUGAUAUAAUGACUACAUGUAUAAUUUUACAUAAUAUGAUUGAAACUUCAAAUAAUAUUGAAAUUAAAUUUGAAGUUUUACUUUUGAAGAAAAAUACAUUGAAACUUCAAAUAUAGAGUUUUGCAAACUUUCAAAUAAACUGUAAAUACAAAAAAAGAAAAAUUCCAAAAGGUCUUUAAACAUUUGGCCGAUUUUGUUGAUAAUAUUAAAGGCCUGCUUCCUUGGCUUCCUAUCAAGGCCAGGCCUGAGUGUAACCAUUACAUCAUGUUCAAUGUAAAUGUUUUGUAACAAACAAACAAUUAUAACAAACGCUUACUGCAUUCUCAUCAUCUGAGACUAUUUCGGCUGAAAAGAAGCAAAAAAAGUGUCUAUAGUUAGAAACAGCUUAUGACGAAGGAAGGAGAUCAGAAUACUUUAGAUUCUUCUAUGUCUUUCUAAUACAAGAUUAGACAAAACUAAGAUGUAAUUUAAGCAAGAUUGGUUGGAUUAGCUCAUUGAACUCAAACUUUAAAUAAUAUAGUAUGAAGAUUGGAAAUUCGGAAUAAAGUAUAUAUAUUCACACAAGUCAUAUUUAGAUGUCGCAUUUUUAGAAAUUAUUAAACUUCAUGUUGGUUUUCAAGCGGCAUCUUUGGUUUAUACCUGAACUAUCAAAAGUUCUUCAAUUGCUUGCCACAUAAACAGAAACCCACCUUAUAUUUGCUUGUUUUAUUUUCUCCGUUCAGCUUAUGUAGUUGCAGUUCUUUUAGUCAUGUAGACUUUGGUGUCUUUCUUUUUGAACAUUUUAUUCGUUAGUGUAGUAGGAUAAACUAUCCUUAAAAGUGAGGUUUGCCAGAUUUCUGUUGACAUAAUAACAAAGUCAAUAAUCUCCUAAAUUCUAGUAUUGAGUUACUAAGAUGUCAAUUAAUUGUAUCAAAGUCUAAGAAAAUAAAUGGUUCGGUAGAAUAGUUGUGGUCUACCAUCAGCAAAACAACGGGCAGUACAAAUGCGACGAACAAAACCGUAAAGAAAAAUUCCAAAAGGUCUUCAAACAUUUGGUCGAAAACAUGUUAGCUUUUGCGGCGGUUCUGGGUACGAAAGUUAUAUAUUGCUUCAAUUCACCAAAUGCAUACAAAAUAAAUUAUUGUACACGAUCUUUCUGUCGGGUUAUGGACUUUAUUAAAAGGCACAUGUGUGGGACACAGCUAUUCUCUAUUAAGACAUUCAAAUUUUGGAUAAGUUUAGCUGUUAAAUUCAUAAUAUGAUGAUGUAUUACCAUUAGUUUCAAAAAAAAAAAAAAAGAUGAUGUAUUACCAUUUAAUUAAGACAUAAAGUAAAAGAAAAUAAUAAGAUAUGAUGUCUAUUGAAGAAAAUGAAAUGUCUUAAUGGCUUAAUAUCUAGGAACUAUAUCACCCAUUUUAAUUAGGAUCUAACUGAUAGAUCCUACAAGAUGAUUAAUGGAACUUGAAUUGUGGAAGCACCGUAGUCUAAUGGUUAUGGUUUAAAGUCUUCUACACCCAGGUCUGGGGUUCAAAUCCCAGACUAUGCAAUUUUUUGCAGAUUGCAUAGGAAAUCCAUGUUUCAAUUCUCGGAGCAAGCGAUUUAUUCAACAAUUAUGCGAUUACGGAAGAAAGACUUACAAGGGUUUCUCAACAUGGUGCAAGUAAAUCCAGUCAGGCUUGAUCUUCAUAGGACGGCUCAAAUGAUGCAGUUAAGCGUAGAUUCUCAUAAGGCAGGUAGUAUUGUCGGUUAUCGAAUCGUCUUUGUAAUCUUUCUCAUAAUUGUAAUAUCUAAAUAAAUUCUUGAUAAAAAAAAAAGAUUAAUGGAACUUGAACUUUGAUUAGUCACAAAUUUUAUUUGUUGUGUAUAUUAUCAGCAAUUUAGCAUAUCAUUGCUUGAGACAACACUAAACGCGUUAAUAUAUAUUUUUGGUUUUUAAUUCAGAUGAUUUGGACAUUAUUUCCUCGACGUCCACAUUCUACCUAUCUUCUCGAUCAUUAAGUACUACUUUCUAAAUUUGAACUCAAACGUUCUCCUCCACUGCUGAGAACUUUCUCCAAGUCUUUAUUUAAAGAAACUUUUGAAUAUUGUUCUUUUUGUCAACUAUUUUCCCCGUUAAAUAAUAUGAAUGCAAGACGUAACUUACUUGUAAACUAGUCUAUACAAAACGUUAACUGCUAAGUAAUCAUACUCGUUUGUUCAUUUAUGUGAAUUUUUUUUAUCUCAUCCAUAAUUUUUUCACGCGGUGAAAUUAAUCCACUUCUGUUAUUGAUCAUACCGUAAAAUAGAGAAAUGCAAAUUUUUGUUGUGGUUCACAAGAGAUACUGAUUAAUGUUUUCUAACUUGUAGGUAAAUCUUAUACUUUUUACGACCAAGUUAUUAUCACAUCAUUACCUGAAAAAAUGUCCCUCGUAACCGAUUACGAAACAUUUCUCCGGCGAUAAUGCGUGACAUUUACCAGUUAAACAUUGAUACAAUAUUAUUAAUACUUUAUUUUAAAACACUAGUAUAGUGAUUGAGUCUGUGUUGGUGAGCCACCUAUACGAGCCAACAGCGACCAAUUUUCAUUUAUACCACACAAUAAAUGGAACGAUACACAGCUCAACACUUGCCACUUCAUUCUCAUAACUCUUCGUUUGUUCGUACGUGGAUACUUAAUGAUACAACACAUGUAGAACAUGAUCGAAGGAUAGUAUUUGAAACGGUGAUAAAAAGUCGGACCGACUUGUGUCAGACCAAAUUCAACCAAAUUGAAGAAAUGUUUUGUAAAUGAUAAAAAGGAUAAAUAAAUAAGAUAGUCUUGUUCUCUGUUUUGUGAAAAGUUUCCUAUAACAUAUCGAAUAAAGUUAUUAUUUCUCUUCAAUUUAUGUAAAAGAAAGUGAUGUAUUAUUGUACGUUUUCGAGAUGAGUACUAGAUACUAUCAUAUACCACACAUUAUCACAACUUUUAUCUAUAGUCCACAAAACUAUUGGACCCACCAAAACCCUACGCAUACGAAAUCUGACAAUAACAAAGAUUUUUUUUUAAGGUCUACCAAUAACAGAUAUAUUAUCAUUGAAUAGACCCGAGCUGAAUAGAUCCACGCCUUACAUUGCUAAUACCGUUCACCGAAUGCGAACCGGCCCUUACAAGAAAGCCAAGUGAGCUUCUCGAUAAUUAUCGUCUAUUUAUCAACAAGGUCAACACGUGAACCUCAAGCCACCUUCCACGUCAAGAAUCAUGUCAGCGCCAUUGAACAAGUCCUGUUUUGCUUCUCGAACAUAUAUUCAUGUUCCUUUCCCAUCACGCGGUUUCACGUUCUUUUGGUUUUUGUUUGGUCAAUUGGUGAAAUAACUUUGUAAUACAUAUUUUGUGAUUUGAAUGGAGGAAUUAAAGUCUUUUGAAACUGUUGAGAUUUUUUUAUAGCUAAAAACCAAUAACAGAACUGCCAAUCAUUUAUGUCUUGUGUUUUCAUAAAGGGAUUUAUAACUAGUUGAUUUUCAAAAAUUCUUUUCAUUCAUGGCCUUUUUUUUGGUGAACUAUUCAUGACUUUUCUAAAUUGGAUCAACUGUAGUUUGGUUUGUAAUGGUGUGUAUUCAAGGUCAAUGCUAAGAUGACGUUCAAUAUUUGUUUGUUCUAGAAUCCAAAUCCAGUCAACAAAGAAAAUACUAUAUUGACUUAUUUAUAUUCGUUUUUGUUAGAUAGAUAUGGACAAGAAUUAAUUUCAGUAAUUUAUAGUGUAACCAUUACAUCAAGUUCUCAACAACGAUGUUUGGCAAUUAUUUUAAAGUUUUUUGUAACAAGUUUAUGACAAAUAAAUAAAUAAAUAAAAAUAGGAAAAUAAAAAUAGAAGAUACUUAAAAUAUCUGGUCCAUAUAUAAAAAGAGAGAGCAAAGGAUCUUCCUCUAUUUUUAUCAAACAAGACCCUCUCUCUCUCUCUAUUUCAGAUUAUUUUUUGUUUUUUUUUUCAUAGAAAAGAGAGAAGUUUUGUGUGUUGUAUCUGUUUUGCUCUAUUUGAUAUAAAAAAAAAGAAGAUGCAAGUUGUUUCUCCUUCGUCUCCGGCGGCGAGGUUCGUCGGAAAAGAAAGAUUCGCCGAGCUUUACGGGAAAUUAAACGAAGACUUCAGCUCCAAACUCAAGGUCGGUGUUACAGAGAAGGAAGAAGAAGAAUCUAAUGAUGAAGGAGAAGAAGGUGAUGAGUUCUCGUUCGCGAGUGUAAACGGAGAGAACUCACCUAUAACGGCGGAUGAAGCUUUCGAAGGCGGUCAGAUCCGACCGGUUUACCCUUUCUUUAACCGGAAUCUCCUCUUCGAACCGGAGGCUGAAGAAUCUCUCCGUUCGCCUCUCAAGAAGGUCUUCGUGGAAAGAGAGGAAGCCACCACCACCACCACCACCGCGACGGAAGAAUCUGAGCCGAUCGGUCCUUACUGCUCGUGGUCAGGUAGAACGGUGGAGGAAGCUUCGCCGAAGACUUGUCGGAAAAGUAACUCGACAGGAUUCUCGAAGCUUUGGAGGUUUAGAGAUCUUGUCCUGAGAAGCAAAAGCGACGGUAAAGACGCGUUUGUGUUUCUUAGUAACGGUUCUUCGUCGCAGUCGUCUCCUUCAACGGCGGCGGCGGCGGCGAAACCGAGCGGCGUGAAGAGAGCGGAGAAGGCGAAGAUGAAAACGAAGUCGGCACACGAGAGGCUGUACAUGAGGAACAGAGCGAUAAGGGAAGAAGGGAAACGGAGAUCGUAUCUUCCGUACAAACAUGUCGGGUUCUUCACCAAUGUCAAUGGUCUUACAAGGAAUGUUCAUCCUUACUGAUCAUCACCUUCUUGUUGCUCAGACAAAACUUUGAUUUCGUACAUAGUUAAAAAUCUAACCAUGUCUUAAUACCAUUAUAAUAACCCUUUUUCUCUAAGCAAAAAGUUAUUUAAACUGUUUCGUAUAUUCGUACCACAUUCCAGUUUACCGACAAUCGCUUAAUGCCCAAAAACAUCCAAGUACAACCAAAUCCAUUGAUUGAUACUUUGAUAGUGACAACACAUCACACUAAAACACUCCUCACGUAUGCAAAACUAUACCUUAUAUGUUUAGAGGCCCAUUGGGGCUUCGAAAACAAACCCAAUACUAGAGGUAAAUGCCUUUUAAUUAAGAGGUCUUUCCGUAUUAGUAAUAUGAAAAUGCAGCCUUGGUUAAAUCGAACCACGCUCAUGAAUGAAGGACUCCUGGCUCCAGGCUGACAAACACCAUUAUAAGAAAUCGAUAGUUUGUAUUAAUGUAGAUGAUGGACCCAUCAAGCCCAAUAAAUUGACCACUUUCCUCGGCCCACUUUAAGCUAAGUUUAAUCCAUAUGAUGUUAGAGCACCCUCGGUUAAAAUGGUUGCAACUCAAAUGUAAACGUAUGCAUAGAAGAAUAUUAAUAUUAGAUUUCUUAAAUAGGUUCUCAUGAGUUUGAGAUAUACAACAUAACAAUUUACAUUUCAGUGUACUUUUUUUAAAAAACCACAAAAUACUUUCAAUGAAAGUGUUCGUAUACCAAAACUUUUCAAACUGAACUUAAUGAAAACCAACUGUUAAGACAUUAGCUUGUGUGAACAUUUUACAUCAUUAGCUUGUGUGAACAUUUAAUAUAUCAUUAUUUUUUAGGGUGUCAUGUCUUUUUUUUUUUUUUUUCUGGAACACAUUAGGGUGUCAUGUCUUCAAUAACAACUUGUUGACUCAAAACAAAACAAAAACAAAAACUAAUAAUAACAACUGAAAUUUUGUCAUAGAUGAAACUUGUAAGAAAUAAGACACAGUUUGAAUAAAAAACUUCAAUAAUUUAGAAUUUAUAGAUUUUUUUUUGUAAAUAUAAAUUUUGAUUUUACAUGUUUACUUUUUGUCAAAUAAGUUAAUUUCAAUUUUGAAAAUCAUUUACAUAUUUAUUUUAUAUUGGAAUGAUUAGUAGAAAAAUAAAAAAAGGGGAAAAUCUUAUGAGAUUAUCUUCUUUUUUGUGCAACAUGAGAUUAUCUUCUAUUACUUCCUAUAUUUCAUAAAUAAUGUCACUCUAGCUUUUUAUUUUGUUUCAAAAAUGUCAUUCUACAUUUUCAAUGUAAAUUUUCAUAUAAAAUCUCUUUCUUAUCUUUUUAAAUAACCAGUAGAUUGUUAUUUAAAUUAUUUUCAGAUCUUAUAUUAAUUUAGUAUAACUUUUAAGUAUUUGCAGAUCUUAUACUUACAGUAUAACCUCUUUAAAUUAAUACUCUAUAAAUUAAUAUACACUAAAAAUCUCUAUAAAAUAAUAUAAUUUUAUAGUCAUAAAUUGAGUUUUUGGUUCAAUGAAUAUAUCAAUAAAUUAAUAUCUUUAUAAAUUAAUAAAAAAUUAUAGUUUUGGUGUAGUUCUAAUAUUAUUAAUUUAUAGAGAUUUCACUGUAGUUGUGAAUUUAACUAGAUAAAACCUAACAGAAAUAAAAUAUUUAAUUAUGAUUUUACUAGAUAAAACUUCUAUAAAUUCUAAAAUAAAAUAAAAACUUAAUAAAAAUAAAAUAAUUGGAAGAAGAAGAAGGCCUGCUUCACUCACCUUUCGCUUUCUCUAUCCCUUGCAUUGCUCUUCCCAAAAUUUUCUGCAUUAUCGUCAUCACCCGUAGAGGAUUUCGAGGAGCUAUCAACUGGCCAACAAAGAACAAUACCAAGUCCUCCUUCAUCCCUAACCAUUUGAUUGCUUGGGCCUUGGAGAAGCAGAAACAAAUUACUUAAUGGCUCCCACAUUCGGCAAAUGUUUCACGUUCUGCUGUGCAAAGACCUCUCCCUUUACACAGUGUACCCACUAAACGGUGACGAAAUUGACCUUGAAAUAACAAUAAGAAUGCAAAAUGCUGACCUGUAAUUGUCAGCUGGCGAGUGCGGUUAAACCUUUUAAAUCAUUACGCGUUAGCCCAUAGGCUUGCCUUCGUUGACUUUAUCUUCAAAUGGGCAUCGUCCACCGCCCCUCGGAAAAGACGAAGACCAUUUGCUUUUAACAAUAUAGGAAAGUAAAAAAAACUUUAUCAUUUGCUUCCAUUUUUCUUUUGUUCCCUGCGUAACUGCGUCUACUUCUGUUUUACUGCGAGUCGAUAUCAGUUUUAGGGGUCCGAUUGUUUGAGACUCUGGAGACUUUUGCCUAACUUUUGCUAUCAACGCUUUAAGACAAUUGCUUUCUAUUCACUUUUGAUGUUUAGCUGCGUGACAACUUCUAACCGGUGUUUUAAUAUAUUGAAAAAUGUAAACCAAACAAAAAUGAUGUGUUUAUUUUGGUAAGUAAUCAAUAAUUAUUUAAUCGAUUCCUGGAUAGGAAGGAAAAGCUUGUCACGUAAUACUAUUUUUUUACCCAUACCCCAAAUGGAAUAGGAAGAUGAGGAGGAAGAAAUGGAUAAUAGAUGCUCGAACAUAUAAUGAUUAACUACAGAGAAUACAGAUUAGGUGUGCAAACUGAUAAAACGAAUAAGAAUAUAGAGAGACACUCAUUAAAUUCGGCAUGUUCACAAAAACCCUACAUUAUUCAUAAAUCACCAUUUGGCCCCCACACUUAUCCUUAAUUUUUAAAAAAAUGAUUUGUCUUUCCCAUUUUUGUGGAGUUUUUUUUUUUUUUAAUACCGUGUGUAAAGAAAACAAAGUUGUGAGCAUAAAGAAAAUGUAAGACUUGAGCCAAAGGGGUAAAUAUAGAUCUCUCUCUUUCUCUCUCUCUCAGUCUAUAAAUACCGGUUCUCAUAAUCAAUCUCUCAGCCUUAAGUGAUUUCACAUUCCUCAUUAACAACUUUUCUUUUAAUAAAAUCAUCAUCUGCUUUAAAACCUUUAAGGAAGGAGACGAAAUGGCCACGGAAUCUUACGAAGCCGCCAUCAAAGGACUUAAUGAUCUUCUCAGUAAGAAAACAGAUCUGGGGAACGUCGCCGCGGAGAAGAUCAAAGUGUUGACGCAGGAGCUCAAGGAGCUUGAUUCCUCCAACAACGACGCCGUUGAACGAAUCAAAUCCGGUUUCACCCACUUCAAAACCGAAAAAUACU